CUAAAUGUUGAACUAACAGUUUUUCAAGAAUUUGAACAGUUACAAUUUUGCCUAACCUGACUGUUUUACCGCUCUCACACCGAUACGCAAUGCCGCUCGCGGUUAAUUGCACCCUCUUUAUCGUAGUCCGGAAGAGUUCCGCUAAAGUAAAAAGUUCUGCUAACAUUCCGUUCACCCGGGAAACAGCAGGGUAUCAAUCGCAUUCUGGAGCACAUUUCGAUGAUAAGAGUGCGGGUGGCGACAAAAGCUGCGGAAUCCCUGCUGUGCACUUAAUGAAUAAAGUCGACGGAAUUGUAAAGAGAAGCUAGUUUAUAAGUAGGUUCUGUGGUGAAAACCCGGAGUGUAGUGUAAGCCGAGUUCUUUAACAGUACGUGUAGCAUGAUUUCAACAGUGCUUCUAUGCGUCGGAUUUGCGUUGUUCAUCAGUUUGGGAAGCUGCUACCCGCGAACGGAUCGACCACCGGAUCCUAAACAUGGAAGCAGUGGGACACACAGCGAAGAAGAGCGGUCCCGAAUAGCUGUCCUAAUCGAUGAACUGUCCGAUGACGAGGAGGCGAAUCCUUGGGAACUCAGUGGACUGUUCGAAGGAGAUAUGCUGCUGGAGUCACACAGCGCUCGUAACGGGGUUUUGAAUGACACCCUGCGUUGGACUGACGCUACCGUACCAUAUUACAUCCACGAUGAAGACUUCACUGACGAGGAAGAACUGGUCAUACUCAAGGCCUUAAAAGAGUACCACAAUAAGACGUGCAUAAAAUUCCGGCCUUACCAUAAGACCGACACAAACUACGUUGUCUUCCGGUCGAAUGCAAGUGGCUGUUGGUCCAGCGUUGGAAUGCAAUCAGAAGGCCAAAUUGUGAAUCUCCAGUCUCCAGGAUGUAUUAAACACGGAGUGGUGGUUCACGAGUUGUUACACGCGUUAGGGUUUUUCCACCAGCAGAGCGCUGCCAACAGAGACGACUACGUAAAAAUACUCUGGGAGAACAUCGAGCCUGGUCAUGAGCACAACUUCAACAAGUACAACGACAGCGUGGUGACUAGCUAUGGAGUGGAGUACGACUACGGUAGUGUAAUGCACUACAGUGGCAAGGCCUUCUCGAAGAACAAAGAACCUACAAUCGAAGCCCUACAGCCGAAUGUUACGCUGGGACAACGAAACGGUCUCAGCGAAAAGGACGUCACCAAGCUAGAGCAGAUGUAUCAAAGUCGCUGCGCUCAGCGCACCGGAACGGAUGCAGCAGCAUCGCCAAGCUUUAUGGACCACUUUAACUCCUUGCUCGGUCUCGCGACCAACCAUGUGCUACCGUAGCCGCCGGACAAAGAUGAACGCCGAGUGAAAGUCAUUUCAAUCACAAUAAAAUUUACGACGAGACAACAACGACGUCAAUUUGGUGUUAUUACUUCUACCUACCGAUGCUGGCCGCUCUUCAUCGGUGGUACUCCAUCCACACAUCUGUCAAUAAAUUUAAUCAGUUCGGGCCGCAUGUGCAGACCGUCUUAUAUGGUCUGAAUAGGUAUGGAGUCUACGUAUGGACCCCGCACGGUUUAUUUAUAGCAAAGACGGUGAAGGCGAUGUCGUAGCACACUACACAGACAGGCAUCACCAUCAAAAUUGCAAUCUAAUCUAUCAUUCUCGGUUGACAUUGUCAAGCCCACAUCAUUGAAGAAACGGGUCGUCCAGUAAAAUUAGUUUAGCAGACAUAGCGUCAUAGGAUGAUGAUGCUUCAUCAUCUUCCUUUGUCUUUACUUCCGGAUACGUAUACUGAAAACUGAAAGCUGAUUACGGUAAUCUAGUAAGUAUCUCUUCAAAAGAAUCCUGUUUGAAAGCUUUUUUUUCGCAGACAAAUGACUAUUCUGCCCGUUUUAUUGAGAGCUCUUCCUUUAGAAAAAUCCACAAGAAAAUUCUCUUUAUGGAAUCCACUAAGAUUCUAAUAAGAAUUUCGUCCAGGAAUACAGCUGAUUUUUUUACCAAAAACUUUCGAAAUAAGGACUUUUAAUUGUUCAAAAUUCUACAAGGAAUCAGGCUCUUGUGAGCCUUUCAAGAAUUUACAAAAAACUCAUUCAUUGUUUUCGGAAAUUUCUAAGAAACCUAAAACGUCUGAAACUCGUUCAACGGCUGCAGGUCUUCAAAUACUUGUGGAUCUUCUAAAGCUAACAGCGACAGAAAUUCGCGAGCGAAAUUGAAGGAGGCACGGUCACACUUUAACCCUAAAAGGAAUACUUUCAUGGCCUCAGUUUCGUCACCUCGCUGAGUGUGUUCCAUCAAAGACGAGCUCUAAAAGGUGCCUGGGGUCCAAUGGACCCCAGGUAUCCCUUUUAGGGUUAAACAGGAACUGGCACGAAAUCUGCAAUCAAGCGUCGGAACUUCUUCCCCUAACCUGCGAUAUUUUCAUAAGAAAAUUCUGUUUUCCAGGAAUACGCCCAAUAUGUCUUCAUUGCUAUAUCCAAAAGCGUAUGCUAGAUUUUUUUUUGAUUUUAACACUCCAUAAUUCUAACAAUAAGUUUUUCUUAAUAUAUUUAUUUACGUAUUUAUAUUCCCAAAUAUUUCGGAAGGCUUCCAAAAAAACCCUAUCGAAGUUCAAGUUCGCUUUUUUCAUAUUUCACCAACAUUUGCUACAAAACUAGCACUAAGCUUAUUAUAUCUUAUAUCUUAUUUUUAUUUACUAAAAAAAAAUCUCAAAAAAUAUCGCAAGGUGCUGCGUCAGAUUUUUUUUAAUGUUUUACUAGAAGUUCAACCUGCAAUUGCUGAGAGUAUUUGUGUCCGAUUUCCAGUCAGUCCUGGAUCUUUUCGUAAAAGAGAAUCCACAAAUGAUAAGAAUCUAUAAAUGAUGUUGCAUCUUUUUUAAUCAAUUUUUGACAUUCUCCGGCCCAGUAUAGUAUAUUUUUUCAUACUUUAUGUACGGCUUGUUAUACUAUCGAAGAGUCACUUCCUCUCCUCCCUCCUUACUCCAGGAAUCUUGGAAAAAUUAUCUGAAAGAAAUUUCUGGAGGAAAAAACGGAUUAAAUUCCGGAACGAAUCUUGAAAAGAAUCCCGGAUGGAAAACCCUGGAAUUCUUGAAAAUUUCUAGCAGUAAUCUUGGCGGAAAUCCAUGAGGGAAUAAUGCAUGAAAAAGUCGUAAAGUGAUCCCUGUUUGAACUCCAGAAAAGAGUUCCCAGAAGAAUCCAUGAAGGAAAUUCGUAAGGAUUUCUGAAAAAAAAAAACAAAAUAUUCUCAGAAGGAUUCCCUGAAAGAAUCUCUGCACUUAGAUAAAAUUAACGACUUCGGAAAUAUUUUACCGAAAUCUCAACCGUUAAGUUUGGUUUACCGAAAAAAUCGGUAAGCUUUCAACGUUUACUGAACUUCGGUUAAGUUUGACAGAUAAACGAUAACAUUUUACCGAAUUUUUGUAAAUUUUUACAGAAUUUAGGUAAAAUCCAUUAGCGAACGCUCAGCAGUUGAGAUUUCGAUUAAAAUUACCGAACGCGAUAAGCUGUGUAUCAUGGGAGGAAAACCUACAAUAAUGCCGGAAGGAAUUCCGGGCGGAAUUUCUAAAGAAAACCCGGGAAGGAAUUCUGGGAGGGGUUCCUAAAGGAAGCCCGGCAAAGGAAGAGACAAUAUAGCAAAAAAAAAAAAUCCCAAAAAUAAUCUCAAAAUGGAUAUCCCUCAAAUAAUCCCGGGAGAGAUCUCUGAAGGAAUCCCAAGAGAAAUCGCUAAAGGAAUCAUUGAAGGAAUGCCAAGAGUUACUGAGUCGCCGGAGGGAAGGCCAAAGUCUACGAUCCAUACAAAUUUCAAAACAGUUGUAUAGACAAAAGGGGGGAGGGGGAGGGGGUCUGCGAUGAACUAAUUUGGGUCUACUUGGUUUACGAAAAAUCCUGAUGCAAGAAUCCCGGGAUUCAUCCCUGAUUGGGGUGGAAUACCUGAAGUAAUCCUAGGAGCAAUCCUGGAAGAAGUUUCUGAAUAAAUUCCUGGAGAAAUCCCGAAAAAAAUCCUAGAUAUUUUUUUCCAAGGAAACUCAUGAAGAAUCGCAAAAGGAAUCCCAAAAUGAAUUUCUAGAGAAAUACCUACAUAAUGCCGAAAGGAAUCUGGUCAGAAAUCUAUAACGGAAUUUUAGAAGGAAUCCUCGGAAAAAUUCGUGAAGAAAUCGAGGAAAAAAAUUGGAAGUAUCGUGGAAGAAUCGAUGAUGCAAUCUCGGUAAUAAUCCGUGAAAGAAUCCUAGAAGGAGUCCCGGGAGUAAUCUCAAUCUAAUUGAAUAUGUACUGGAAAAUAUUCCUGAUUCAAUCCCAAAAUAAUUCCCUGGUGGAAUCCCGGAAAGAAUUCCUACAUGGAACUAGGUAGCAAUUUACAAUGGAAU